UGACUUUAGAACUCCUCACAGUUCUCCCAGUUUUCACACUUAUAUGUGUUAACCGUAUUCGUCAAAAUGAAGUGUGUACUACUUUGUGCUGUAGUUCUUACAACAUUUGCCAUAACUUAUGGAAACAAGAAACUUCACCCACUCUCAGACGAGUUUAUAAAGUCAAUCAACGACAAAAAAACGACAUGGAAGGCUGGAAGAAACUUCGAUGCCAACACUCCGUUGCCUCAAAUUAAAAAUCUUCUUGGUGUUCUACCCAGAACGGAAAACCCCUACAAAUUGCCCAUCAAGACCCACAAAGUUGAUUUACAAGCUAUUCCGGAGUCGUUCGAUGCAAGAGAAGCUUGGCCAGAAUGUGCUUCCGUUAUUGGUAAUAUAAGAGACCAAUCAGAGUGCGGUUCUUGUUGGGCUUUUGGAGCAGUGGAAGCAAUGAGCGACAGAAUUUGCAUACAUUCUAACGCAACGGUGAAGGUUAGCAUUUCAGCUGAAGAUUUACUCGACUGUUGCGGUCUUUGUGGAAUGGGGUGCGACGGAGGAUGGCCCGAAAUGGCGUGGUAUUAUUGGUCAGAAGAUGGUAUUGUUACUGGGGGAAAUUACGGAACAACAGAUGGCUGCAAAGCCUAUUCAUUUGCCCCAUGUGAACACCAUGUUGACGGUGAUCUACCAGCGUGUGGAGAUACUCAGCCAACGCCAGCUUGCAAAAAAGAAUGUGACAGCGGAUCUUCGCUCACAUAUCAAAGUGAUCUAACACAUGGAUCAGCCUACGGUAUCAGCAGUGAUGUAUCACAAAUUCAAACCGAGAUUAUGACCAAUGGACCCGUGGAAGCUGACUACAGCGUAUACGCAGAUUUCUUGUCCUACAAGAGUGGGGUGUACCAACACGUUUCAGGAGAUAUGGUAGGAGGACACGCUAUUAAAGUUUUGGGUUGGGGUGUAGAAGAUGAUACUCCUUAUUGGUUGGUAGCUAAUUCUUGGAACGAAGACUGGGGUGACAAUGGAUACUUCAAAAUCUUGAGAGGUGCGAACGAGUGUGGAAUUGAAGGCGACAUUCUUGGAGGAAUUCCGGAAUUGUAAAUUGAGUUAUCAACAAUUGUAUUAGAGAAAGUUGAAUAAAAUAAUAAUAAUACUA